AUGGAAUGGCUGACGGGUUUUGGAAUUUUUAUAGUAAUUAUAUUAGCUAUUAUAUUAGGUGUUAUCGUUGCGUGUAUGUUAGGUGGUCAACGUUGUACACUAUCGAUACAACAACGACAACAAAAUCAUGAACUAACGCAAGUACAACAAGAGCAGGAAAAAAAACGACAGAAGAAAUUAAGUUCAAGACUAAAACGAACAUUCAAGUCAACAUCGAAACCAGAACAGCCAGUAGAGCCUGUUGAAGAUGUUAAAACUCUUGAAUUUACAUUUAAAUUAGGCGAUAAGACGAAGAAAACUGAACCAUCAACACCAGAAAAUGAUGCAGCUGUGGUUCUUUUACCUCAAGUACGUGUUACUCACGCUGAAAUCGACCAACGACAGAAGAAAUAUGAUGCUAUUCGAAAAAAAUAUAAUAUUUAA